AAGUGACGUACUGACGCCAUUACUGUUUUGGUUCUUGUUGAGGGAAAAGUUAGACGAGAUCAAAAUAUCAAAGUUGUUGAACUUCGAAUAACAUAACUCUACAAAAUGAACCGUCUAUUUGGAAGAGGAAAACCCAAGGAACCGCCACCGAAUUUAACAGACUGUAUUUCAAGUAUUGACAGCAGGGGGGAAUCCAUCGAUAAAAAAAUUGCUAGAUUAGAUGCUGAUCUUAAAAAGUAUAAAGAUCAAAUGAAAAAAAUGAGAGAGGGACCUGCAAAGAAUUCUGUGAAACAAAAGGCAAUGAGGGUUCUAAAACAGAAAAAAAUGUAUGAAAACCAACGUGGUCAACUUUCAAAUCAAUCUUUUAAUCUUGAACAACAGAACUUUGCCAUUUCUACUGUCAAAGAUACAAAAACAACAGUGGAUGCUAUGAAAUUAGGCGUAAAAGAUUUAAAGAGAGCCCAUAAGAAUAUUAAUAUUGAUCAAAUAGAGAAUAUGCAAGAUGAAUUAGAAGAUUUAAUGGAACAAUCUGAUGAAAUACAAGAUGUGAUGGGUCGUAGUUAUGGUAUGCCUGAAGUUGAUGAUGAUGAAUUAGAGGCUGAACUAGAUGCUUUAGGGGAUGAAAUUGGUUUUGAUGAAGACACAUCAUAUCUUGACGACGCAGUUGCAGCACCUUCAGCCCCAGUGGGUGAUCCAGGGGAGAGUAUGAGGGGUGAUGUUCCAGUCGAUGAGUUUGGUCUACCACAGAUUCCGCAGAGUGCUAAGUAAACAUAGAUAUAAUAAAGACAAUAUUCAUCCAACAAGCUAUCAUGAUUCAAUCAACUGAACCUGAAAUUACUACUUCAUUUAUUGGAUAGGUUUCAAAAUUUAAAUUGGAAAUACCAAAACUUUCACAACAGGUUUGCUGCUGGUAAUAUGCUUGAAAUGUUAUUGCUACUUUUGGCAUUUGUAAAUAAAUCUUAAACAUCAUUUAUUGUUAACAAUAACACCAGGUGACCCACAAAGUUGAUGUCAUUUCUGUAGUGUUAUUACCCAAAUUGCACCUUGUUUAUACUUUUAAUAUACCGGUAGCGCUUUUUAGAAAAAAUGGUGUGAUGCCAUAUAACUUAACACCCUGGUACCUCAGUCACACAUUGAUGUCUGAAUAUCUCUGGUUGUAUCCCGAUGUGAAUAUCAGUAUAGCAUGUUGAACAUUGCACUUCAAAAAUCUUGAAAUUAAAAAAUGACUUCAUGGCUUAUUUUCUUUAUAUUCACUAUCGGUAAAAUAUAAUUGUGGAACUGUUUGUGAUCUUAUAUAUCUUUUAGCAAACUGACUAAAAUUGUUACUGUAUUUGUUUUUUAUUUAUCAAACACUUAAUAUGUAAAAUGUCAUCUUCACAGUGUUCAAGGUAUUGUAAUGCGUGUCUGAUACUUACCGUAGUUCUAAAACAGAAGAUUCAGUCAUCUGCAGACCUGGAAAUACUGAUUGCAGUUGUAUCUUACAAAAUGUCAGGCACAUAUGGCAUUUAGUAUUAAUAAUACUAAUAAAAAAAACUGAAAGAAGAGAAGGAUGAAGCCCGACAAAGCUUUUAUUUGUGCUUGCCUUCUUUUGAUACUUGCUAAUCUUAUUUAUGUAUAAUCUUUCAAAAAUAGUUUCUCUCAAACAUAUUGACACAGACGACUGUACCAUGACACUGUGAAGAUAGUCAAAUGUAUAAUGAGUUAUUUUUAUUGUAAGUUGAUGUAUAUAUUUAUAAAUAUGCUUAUUAUUUACACAUAUUGUUUAUAUGCCUCAGUAGUAUAGAUAUUUACCUGCUGUAUACGAUUGUCCAAUUUAUUACUGUCUGAUUAUUUUUUAAGGAUUAAACUAUAUAUUGUAAAUAUUACAAUAUAUUACAACUUCAAUUCAUACUAACAAGUUUCUUCAUUGAUUUUGUUCCCCUGGUUCGUUUCUUUUACAAGAUAUUUAAUUUCUCAGUUAAUUUUUGCAUUUUUGAUUUAAGAAUUAAAUAUUAGCAUAUCCAAUUUUUGUAAAAAAAAUAAAUUAUAUGACAACCAAAACAUUGUGUUUUGUAUUUUUAAAUGCAGUUGUAUAUUACUGCUUAACUUUUACCCCCGGUCUGUCUUUAUCCCAUCUUUUUAAGAUUUAUAUAUGUUGUUUACACUAGAGAUAAUAACUUCCAGAGUUAUUGUCCUUGAUCACUUUUUAGAAGGUUAUGAACGCUCUGAUAGCAAAGUCAUCUAUUGGUCUGUUUGAAAUUUAUAUGCAUUAUUUACAGUAAUGAGACACAGAGAAGCCAAUCCAGUUGCUGUUAAUUACUUCAUGGUCAUUGUGUUAUUAAAAUGCACAAUGUCAAUGUUCAUCUUUUAAUUAUUACAUCAUUUUAUAUAAACCAUAUUAUUAAUAAUUUCUUCAUGAUUUUGUUAUAGUCAGAACAAUAUAUAUAAAGAUAGCCUGACCAACUCCGGUCUUCGUCACCAUUUUGUUACCCAAUCUGUAAGUUUAACAGAUCAACACAAGAACAUCACAAAUAUAAAAUAACCAUUAUCAAGAGAAAUCGAUCAAAAUGAUAAUUUUGCAAAAUAUAAUGGUUCAGCGGCAUGAACUGCAUAACAAUUUGUAGUAGCUUAGAAUUUAAGAUUAAAUUUUGGAAAACCAUUUUGUUACCCAAUUACAAAUGCAACAAUAUAGUUGACCUGACUCUCUAUAUAUGUAAUCGGGUUAUAGUUACAUUAUAUCUAUGUUAAUUAGCUCAAUUCUCCAAGAAAGAUUUAAUAUUAAUGAAUGUGAUGAAUCCUACUUUACUUAAAGAUACAUUAUGGGAGAUUAGAUAAAGAGCUGACAGUUCUCGCUAUAAUAGUUAAAAACUAGAUAAUGUAAAGGUAAUUUGUUGAAAAUUUCAGUUAAGUUGAUCCACUAUGAACCGAGAUACCAGCUUUGUAAAUUUCCGCCUAGCCUCGUUCAUCAUUACUAAAGUUAGUACGUUAAAAAGCAUAGUCUCGAUUAUCCAUUGUUUUGAUUUAAUUAUCAAUGAGCGUUUGCAGCAUAUAGGAUUCUAAUCCAGUCGUCAUCGAAGGCUAGCCUUGACAUCGAGUGUUGAUUAUGGUGUGGAUAAGUUAAUUAAUGUCUAAUUAAUAAUUUAGAUAAGAUUUCGGGCCUAAAGAAAGACCUGCGAUAGGCAGAUUUAGCUCUUGCAUAAUGCAUGUUUAUAAUGUAUUUUGUAUUAUUUAUAUUUCUUGUUUUGAUCUGUCCAGUGGGUGGGGGAUCUGUUGGAGGAGAACAGGUUAAAAACUGACAGUCUGUAAAUCGAAUAGGUAUACCCUUCCAUACCGACUUAUGCAUAGCGUAGUAUAAAACAGGCAGAACGUUUCAUUUUCAUUGAUGUAUAACAAAAGCUCAUAAAUUCAUAUCAAACAUUAGAAGUAAUACAAUGAUUGGAAGUUCAAAGAACUGCAUUAGCUUUAUGGGGGUUUCAGAUUAAUAUUAGGUCCAUAUGGCAAGUGAUAGGUAGGCAUUAUUAAAAGGGAAGAGCAUUAGUCCUACUAUUAUAGGAUAAUUAAGAGCGUUAGUCCUACUAUUAUUGGAUAAUUUCAUUGAAAUAAGUGUAUAGGAUUUCUGAUUGUAACAUUAACAAACAUUUUUAUUACGAAAUAAAUUAUAUGGAAAUGAAA